CGCUGCCAACCUGACCCGAUCUGACCUGUCACUCCCGUCAACCUCUCCAAAAACUCCAAAUUCGCGUCACCGACGCAAUCGCCUACCCGAUAUCUUCAUCCACCUCAUCCCGCCCGACACCUCACGACCGAGAUGUCGUCGCGGUAAUCGAUUUCUAGGUGGUUUGCGCGCCAAAUUCAAAUUUCAACGACAGUGUCGCCGUCAAGAUGACGGCUGCCGCUGCGCAAGAUCAGACCCAUCCUCGCCCCUCGCCCGCCAGUCACCUUCGACAGUCGAGCUCCUCCAACAAACCCACACCCUCAACUUCUCAACCUCGACAUUACGCCAGCAUUUCGCGGAGGACAAACAGCACUGCGCUGCUCGGAGUUAAUGGAAGUCCCAACAACAUGCCGCAAACCCAGGGUCCUAACGGAUCCUCCGCAUUUCCCGAUGCGACAGCCCAACCCUCACCCUACGCCGGUGCUGCUCCUCCUCCUCUAGCACUUCAACGAUCCACGAGCCACGAUGACAGCAACGCAAGGCGCCCAUCAAGUGCCCCGGGCAACAAGCAGAACCUGGCCGCUGGCUUCUCUACCGGCGAACAAUCGGAUUCGGAUCGACCGAAGCGGCCAUCCGUGAAACCGCUGCUGAUGCGAUCCAAGAGCGAAUUUGGAGUCAGCCGCCCUGAAGAGGUUGACCACUCCGAAGAAGAUAUUCCGCAUUGGGGCGCCAGACAUGGCUUCGAUGAAUAUCACGAGUCGCCGGAAAUACUGGCCCAGAUAGCAAAUAAUUGGUACAUGUAUUGGACCGACAAGCGACACGAGACAACAGGCAAGCCCAAGGCGACAUUACACAAGCUGCAGGACUGGCGCAUGCGAGAUAGACUCAAGACAGUGUCUGCUGCGUUGGCCGUCUGCCUUAAUAUUUCAGUCGAGCCUCCCGACCAGCUUAAGACGAACCCGGGCGCCAAACUGGAAGCAUGGACAGACCCUACAACGCCGCCACCUCAGAAGGCCCUCGAGAACAUCGGCAAAGCCCUUCAGGCGCAGUACGAGACACUGGCUAUACGCACGAGAUACAAGCAGUACCUCGAUCCGUCGGUGGAAGAGACGAAGAAGUUCUGUCAGUCCCUGCGUAGGAACGCAAAGGAUGAGCGGGUUCUUCUUCAUUACAACGGCCAUGGAGUACCUAAACCCACUGCGAGUGGCGAGAUCUGGGUGUUUAAUAAGAACUACACCCAGUACAUCCCAGUUUCGCUCUACGAUCUUCAACAGUGGCUUCAUGCCCCUACGAUUUACGUCUGGGACUGUUCUGAAGCUGGUAAUAUCCUCAACAACUACCACAGAUUUGUCGAGAAGCACGAACAAGAAGAGGAAGAAGCUGCCGCAAGAGACCCCAACUAUGAGAAGACCGUGUUUCAGCCCUACAUCCACUUGGCUGCCUGCGGCGUCAAGGAGAAUCUCCCUACGAACCCGCUCCUCCCAGCCGAUCUGUUCACGGCAUGUCUCACCACCCCUAUCGAGAUGGCUCUCUGGUUCUUCGUUCUCCAGAACCCUCUCAAGACAAAUCUCACACCGGAGCGCGCCAAAAAGCUGCCUGGCAGGCUACAGGAGAGAAGAACGCCACUCGGCGAGUUGAACUGGAUCUUCACGGCCAUUACGGAUACAAUCGCUUGGACUACACUGCCCCGACACCUGUUCCGGAAGUUUUUCAGACAGGAUCUCAUGGUGGCCGCUCUUUUCCGCAACUUUCUUCUGGCCCAGAGAAUCAUGUCUGUCUACGGGUGCCACCCACAGUCUUUCCCCGAGCUCCCCGAGACCCGACAGCACCCGUUGUGGGCAAGCUGGGACUUGGCCGUGGACAUGGCAUUGGCCCAGCUGCCUAUGCUGGAAAGGAAGGAGAACGAAGGCCUCGAGUACGAGUACCAGAACUCGACCUUCUUUACCGAACAACUGACAGCAUUCGACGUCUACCUCACCCGUGGUGAUGCCCUGUCUCAGAGGCCCCCUGAGCAGCUCCCAGUGGUGCUACAAGUUCUUCUGAGUCAACAGCAUAGAGUUAGGGCGCUCAUCUUGCUCGGAAGAUUCCUUGACCUGGGCCCAUGGGCAGUCCAGCUUGCUCUGAGCAUAGGCAUCUUCCCAUAUGUCCUCAAGCUAUUACAGUCCGCUGCUGCGGAACUGAAACCGGUCAUGAUCUUCAUCUGGACCCGUAUUCUGGCUGUGGAUAUUUCCUGCCAGCAGGACCUUAUCAAGGACAGCGGGUACAACUACUUUGCCCAGAUAUUGAAGCCAUCCGAGGGUUUGCCAGUCGUUAAUGAAGCUGAGCAUAAGGCGAUGUGCGCUUUCAUUCUAUCCAUGCUUUGCAAGGAUUACAAGCCAGGGCAGCAUGUGUGCAAUCAAACCGACAUAAUGACUUACUGCUUAAUGCACCUGCAGAACCAAGAGAACCCACUCCUGCGCCAGUGGUCUUGUCUCUGCAUCAGUCAGCUGUGGCAGGAACUUCCAGAGGCCAAAUGGCGUGGUAUUAGAGAGAAUGCGCCGGCCAAGUUGUCGUUCCUGACCAAGGAUCCCGUUCCUGAAGUGAGAGCUGCCAUGGUGUAUUCCAUGACUACCUUUUUGGGCAUCAUCGACCUGACGGAUGAGGUCGCUCGGAUCGAAGAGUCCAUCGCCUGGACACUUCUGGACAUGGCCAACGACGGCAGCCCAAUGGUUCGCCGUGAGUUCCUUGUCUUCCUCUCAAGGUUCAUUCUGCGCUUUGAGAGCAAGUUCAUUGUUGCUGCUUAUGAGCAGCUCCAAGAAGAAAGGGAAUAUCUAUUGUUCCCUCCAGGCCAGGACGGCAUGGACCACAAGAUGGGCCUGCAUUAUGCACGGAAAGAAAACCGAAACGCAGACGGCACCAUCAAGCCCAACGUUCACGGUUUCGCCCACAACACCGUCUUUUCGGCCUGCUGGAAGCAUGCUCUGAUGCUGAAUGUUGAUCCUCAUCCUGAGGUUCAGCGUGACGCUACAGUCAUUGUGGACCAUGUCCACCAAGCUGUGAUGGCUUCACCCGUUGGUGAGCAUGCGCAAAGCCUCAUCGAUGACAUUCGAAAGAGGGCAAAGCGUGCAUCAACAAAAAACCACUUGCACUUGAGCCAAAGAAGCAAUGCGAUUGGCGUCUCCAACUCGCUGGCUACCCCACCACUGCCAUCUCCUGGCCUGUUGCGUCGCACGGCGAGCUUGCUUUUCCAGCUGCCACUGUUUGGCAGUGACGGAAAGGCUGAUGCCAACGAGAAGCCAAACUACUCCUCUCCGGCACCUUCGCCCGGCCUGCAUAGGGUUGGUUCCCAGAAGAUAAAGGCUCCUGAGCUUGCUGAAGCCCCACCAGAACAGAGCGACCCAACGGCUAUCCAUGCCAACUAUCACAUUGCUAAAGAGCCCGUCUCCACUGGUUUCGAGGAUCGUAAGCUGGGCGAAGCGCCAGCUAUGCCACUACAAAGUUCUUUCCUGGAAUGGUCUAUCGAGUACUUCUGCGAGCCUCAGAUGAAGCCGAGCGAGUCGGACGAACCAGGCAGCACCGAGUACAACGAACGGCUCUGGAGAAGAUCCCGGAACGACUUCAUCUUGACCGAAACACAACCACUCAAGCAAUUUGCCGGUAGCCAUAAGUGGAAUAACCAGCUUGGCAUCACCAACAAUGGCUCACAACCCGCCAAACUCACUUUCCAUCAGUUUGAAGACCAGCUUGCGGUUGCAGACGAUGGUAACACGGUGUGCGUCUGGGAUUGGAAGAAGCAUGCCCGACUGAGCAAGUUUUCCAAUGGAAAUCCUGAAGGGUCGAGGAUCAGUGACAUGAAGUUCAUCAACGAAGACGACCAGGCAUUCCUGAUGACUGGCUCGUCAGAUGGAGUGCUCCGGAUCUACCAAAACUACGAUUCCGACAGAUCCAUCAACCUGGCCUCGUCUUGGCGAGCCCUUACGCACAUGGUGCCCAGUAAUGUCAACUCCGGCAUGGUGUUUGACUGGCAGCAGUCACUCGGCCGCGUACUCGUGGCUGGUGAUGUGCGUGUCAUUCGGGUGUGGUCCGCUGGUGCUGAGAAAUGCGUCAUCGACAUUCCCGCCCGGUCUGGCUCUUGUGUUACGUCUCUGACGUCUGACCAGAUGACCGGACACACAGUUGUGGCUGGUUUUGGUGACGGCGCUGUUCGCGUCUUCGACACCCGCAUCAGACCUCAGGACUCCAUGAUCAAGAAGUGGAAGGACGAAACGGAUAGGCAAUGGAUCAAGAGCGUCCAUCUGCAGCGUGGCGGACAACGAGAACUGCUUAGCGCAAGCAGGAAUGGCAAGGUCAAACUGUGGGAUAUUCGCAUGGAUCGACCUCUUCACGUUUACCAAACAACUCGAGACACGCUUCGAACAGCCAGCACGCAUGAACACCUACCAGUGUUUGCUGUUGGUACCUCUGCCCAUGCCGUCAAGGUCUUCAACUUUGACGGUCAAGAGUUGUCCCGAGUCGAGCCUUACUCAAGCUUCCUUCAACAGAACAGGGGCUCUCCCAUUGCAGCAACUGCCUUCCACCCGCACAAGCCUAUUCUGGCUUGCGCUGCUCGUGGAGACUACCACGUCAACCUCUUUACCUGCGAGAAGUCCGAGCCCCAAUCCCUGGUUGCCUAGAUGACAAGCCGGCGGAAGUGAAACUCGGUCUUGUUGGUUUGUUUUUCUCUCACAUCGUGAGCAUAGGGGGGGGUUCUUUUGCUGCUUGUGCAACUAUCUUCUUUCUUCUCAACUUCUUCUCAUUCCGGGACGGCAGCAUACCAGGGACUGGCGAGGUUUUUGGCGUUUGAUUUGGUCGCGUAUAUGCGACAACGGCAGACAGAGAUGGUUGCAUGAGAUAACUUAGCUAAUGGUAGCAGUUGGCCAUUUUCAAAGCCAAUUGAUGUAUGAAAGAAGAAUGAAAAAUUGUCCCAGAUUCACAG